AGAGCUAUCUUGGGCAUUUGGCACAUUCCUUCUGACAGCGAGAUGUAAACAGAAACUCAAAGCACGAGGAAAGAAAAAUCUCUCCAAAGCAGAAAGAACGUUUAACGACUCGGGAAAAUCAUGGGAAAACUCAAUGUAACUGUACUUCGGUAUCUCACGAAGGAAGAUUUCCGCAUCCUGACGGCGAUUGAAAUGGGCAUGAAGAAUCAUGAACUGGUGCCGGGAGUUUUGGUGGCCGCGAUUGCAAGCCUAAAGAGUGGUGGACUUCAUAAGUUGCUACGCGAGCUGUGCAAACAUAAGCUCCUUUCAUACGAACGAGGCAAACGAUUCGAUGGAUACCGUUUAACGAAUGCUGGAUACGAUUAUUUGGCUCUCAAAUCGCUUACACUACGCGGAGCUAUUGCCGGAUUCGGAAAUCAGAUUGGAGUCGGCAAGGAAUCAAACAUCUAUACCGUAGUGGAUGGGGAGGGCAAAUCUUUGUGUCUGAAGCUGCACCGUCUGGGUCGUAUCUGCUUCCGUAAUGUGCGCGAGAAGCGUGAUUAUCACGGCAAGCGACGCAAGAUGAGCUGGCUUUAUCUAUCGCGCAUUUCAGCAACGCGCGAGUUUGCCUACAUGAAGGCCUUGUACGAUCGCGGCUUUCCCGUACCGACACCGGUUGAUUUCAACCGGCACUGUGUUAUUAUGGAGCUCGUUGAUGGCUACCCGUUAACAAACGUAUCCGAGGUUGGAAACGUGGAAGGACUGUACGAUGAUUUGAUGAACCUUAUCGUUCGUCUUGGAAACUGUGGUGUAAUACACAGUGAUUUCAACGAGUUCAACAUCAUGAUAACGGACGAUCAACGUCCGAUCGUAAUCGAUUUUCCUCAAAUGGUGUCAACGUCACAUCCAAACGCUGAAAUGUACUUUGAUCGAGACGUGCAGGGUGUACGAGAACUGUUCCGAAAGAAGUUUGGAUACGAGAGUGAAGAAUAUCCUAAGUUCAGCGAUCUGGAACGAGACGACGAGCUCGAUCUGGAAGUGCUCUGUUCAGGGUAUGGUUUUACACAGGAGAUGGAGGAUGAUCUGAUGAAGGAAUAUCACGAAGAAAACCGAUCAGAAUGUUCGGAAAACGACGAAUCAGACACGGAUGAAGAUGUAGAUACGGAAACAGCAGAUCCAGCGUAUGAUCAGAAUAACGAGCACUCACUUGUCGAUGAGAAGGAGCUAGACGAAUGUCGUCGAAAGUUGGAAGAGGAAAUGAAACUAUCGGAAGGAAAACAGCCACCAAAGGAUUCUAAAAAGAAAGAGCCGAAUGCAGCAAUUUUCAACUACCUAGAAUCUUUGUCCAUCCAAGAAGAGCUUGAAAUGCCUGAACGCAACGAAGAGGAAGAAAUUGAGCCAGCCAAUCUUAGCAUCAUCCAACAGCAACAGGCAGAGGAAGAUUCUAUCUCUACAGAGCACUUGGCACAAUCGUCGGAAGAAGCGCGUGUCGAUAUCGAAUCCGACGAUCCUGAAAGUGAGCCAGAAGAUAAAACGAUUGAUACAAACUCACGGCAAUAUCGUAUGGCGAUGGUAAGAAAGCUGCUGGACGAUGCGCGCAGCGUUCGUUCCUAUUCCACCACGGCCAGUACGAUUGCUCCGUCGAUAGUCAGCAAUCGGAUAAAAGGGGAUCUACAACAACGGGAAAAGAAAGACAUGCAGAAACGGCUCGUGCCGAAGGGUGAAGCGAGUGCUGUCAGACGAAUGCGGAAGGAUAAUAAUGCGAUAUUGAAGGAAUAUCGUGGCUGGGAAUUUUAAGGAUGUUAGCUUUACGAUCAUAAGAUGGAAAGUGGGCUUGUUUCAAGAUAAGAAAUCCUUUAUUACGCAAAAUUCGACAUAAGUUGCAUAAUAAUAAAUCGUACAUUAUUUCCUUCAAAA